ACACUAUAUAUUUAAUUACGAUUUUACCAUUUUUAUAAAUCAGCAAAGAAAACUUGUUUUAUUAUUGUUAUCACCAAAUUUAUAUCUUUGAAAUCGAUUUUCAUUGCUAUCAUCAGACAAACGAUAAAAAAAAUGUGGUCAGGAACAGUUGGUCUUGUCAAUGGACAAUAUAAAUAUUUGACUGCCGAAACAUUUGGACAUAAAAUCAACGCCAAUGGUGUAGCAUUAAAAAAGAAACAAUUAUGGACAAUCGAACCAUUUCCAUUCGGCACAUCAACUGGUUUGUCAUCAUCAUCAACUUCAUCGAAUGGUAAUGGUAAUGGUAAUCAUGGUGGAUCAAUCAAUGUUCGGUCACCCGGUAUGAGCCCACAGAGCAGUAUUGAAGAAAUGGAUGAAUUAGAAAAUGUGGCCAUCAAAUCACAUUUAAACUGUUAUCUGGCUGUUGAUAGUUAUGGUAAUGUUACCUGUGACAGUCAAAUACUUCAUGAUGGAUGUCGUUUCACUAUUACUAUAUGUGCUAUGACACAAGAAGGUCAUGAUGAAGAUCAAAUAUCUUGGGCAUUCCGUAAUAUAUCUCGAGGCUAUUUUCUUGGUGUUUCAAAUGAUAGCGGUUCAAUAAUCUGUAAUGCUAAAAUGCCACAAUCAAAAGCAGAACUUUGGCAUGUUCAUCUGGUACCUGCUCGUGGUGCUACAAUGUUUGGCUUUAAAUCUGUUGGCCGUAAACGUUAUGCACAAAUCAUCUCAUCUGGCAAUCAAAAACAAAUACAAAUUGAUUCGACCAAUGUUUGGGGACCAGAAACUUUGUUUCAAUUUAAAUAUUUUGAAAAUGGAAACUAUGUAUUGAUUCCAGCAUCAACAUGUAUUGGUUCGAUAAAAUAUAUUUCUUCCGAUGGUAUCUGUGUAGAUGCUUCAAAUGAAAAGUCAUCGAUCACCAAUAAUAAUAAUAAUAACAACAAGUUGAAUGGUUUUGCCAACGGCAAUGGAUUAACAAAUGGAUCAUCAUCAAUUGUAAUGCCACCAAAAGAUUGCCUAUUUACUAUCGAAUAUCAUGGAGGAUUUGUUGCUUUUCGAGAUAAAUCGGGCCGUUAUUUAGCUGCCACUGGACGACAGGCUGUAUUACGUACACGUUCAACAGCCGUAGGCAAAGAUGAAUUAUUUGUAUUCGAACCGGCACCAUUACAAGUAGCUUUUCGAGCAACAUUCAACAACAAAUGGAUCAGUAUCAAACAAGGUGUCGAUUUAUCUGCCAAUCAAAGUGAAGUAACCCAACAUGAAACAUUUCAAAUUGAAUAUAAUGAUAAAUAUGAUUGUUGGUAUUUGAGUACUAAAGAUGGAAAAUAUUGGUCACCUGGUGUUGCAUCGGCUGUUCAUGUAUCACAGCCAAACAUGUCGGUAAAAGGUCGUUUUCGUUUAUCUUGGAAUCAAGAUGAAGGAACAUGUUCAUUAUCAUUAAUCGAUGACGAUAAUGAUCAAUUAAAACCAUUAUGUGCACGAAAAUCUGGUCAAUUAUAUACUGGCGGUGGUGAAUCAAUUAAAUUCCAUAUUAAAUUCAUGAAUCGAACUAAUGUUUGUCUUCGUGCAUCGAAUUCUAGUGGAUUUGUCGGUACCAAAGGACAAGGAUCCUAUAAAUUAGAAUCAAACAAAACGAUGCCGGAUAUGUUUGUCAUUGAAUAUGCUAAUGCCGAUAAUCCAACAAUUUCACGUGAUGAUGUCGAUGCUAUUGAUUCAAGUUUUAAUUGUUGUUAUUUGAAAUUAGCUACCAGUGGAAAAUAUUUGAAUGUUGUCGAUGGACAAACAUUGGCGGCUGAUGCACCAUCAAUGGCUUGUGCACAACAAUUUCAUAUUGAACUACGUACUGGUACAUAUAUUGCAAUUCGUGCUUAUGAUUCAAAUGCUUAUCUAAAUCUAACGGCAAAUGGCGGUAUUGUGUUUGUUAAUUGUCCACCUGAAAAAGCUACACUCUGGGAAUUUUGAGCUUUUCACAAUCGAUCUUAUUAUUGAAUAUGUUUAUAUGAUUAAACAAUCAUCAUUGAUUAUGUCUUUCUAUGGCCAGAAAAAUCAGUCAUUACAUUUACAUGUUUGCAGACAAAAAAAAAAUCAAUCAAUGUUAUGGCUAUUCAUCAUCAUUAUUAUUACAUGCAUGGCAUACAUAAAUAUUUGAACCAUUUAUAAUUUGGUUAUCGAUUAUCGAUUUUCAUUACAAGAAAAAAAACAAAACAAA